AUGAAGUAUCUACCAGUACAAGACUUCGAAGCGGUGACGAGCGCGCUGAACUUCAACACACCCGACUGUAGCGUGACCGGCGGAUGCGAUCUCUACACAACGAAAUCAACGGGUUCUGACAAGAAACUCUACAAGAACAUCGACAACGAUCUGAAUUCGCAACAUGAAGCCCUUCUCAAGCUCGGCGCCAGCCUAUCACCGCCUGAGCGCGCUCAUAUGCUUGCUACAUCACCGAGCAUGCAGCUGUUUUCACACUCAAGUGCUUUCGGCCCCUUGUCUGAGCUCUCGAGUCGCAAGACAUUUGCAUACCUCAUCGCGACGCUGAAUGCGAGUCACCCACACUACGAUUUCUCUCAUGUCCUUCGACCCAACGACUUCAAACGAGAGCGAAACCUGCGUCGCGUCAUGGUGAACCUCGAUUCAAUUCUUCAAAACGUAAGACCUAACUUCGAGCCCAAAUCUCUCGGUUCCUCGCUAGGCAGUGAGACAACCUCGAUAUGGGGCCCCCAAUGCUGGUCAUUGAUCGACAAGGAGAUGCACCUCAACGAGUGUACUAUUUUCAGCUACAACCCCGAGAGCGACCCCUUUGAAGAAGAUGAGAGUGCAAUCUGGGCUUCACAUUACUUCUUCUUCAACCGCACCUUGAAAAGAGUGGCAUAUCUUUACGUCCGCGUUGUGCCAGUUAUCUCGUCUCAUAGCCCAACUCUCCGACCCACAAAUCUGGCCAGGAACCACAGCAACCAACGGGAUCUCGCAUCAGCUGGUGCGCAGAAACGCGCCAACUACUGGCUUGGUGAUCAAGACGCCGAGUUAGUGCCAUAUAAUGAGGACGACGAGGAGCUCAUUGACGACGGUCUUUUUUGGAAUCGUGGAGAGAACGGAGAUCUCGUUGCCUAUUCAGAUGAAGACUUCGACGAGGAUAUCGAGGAUAUGGAUAUGCUCGACAGCAGUCCUGACAGGUCCAUGAGCGAUGAUGUCGCCGGCCGUAUGGAGAUCUAG